GCUAAAUUGAUGGUUCGAGCUGCGUGGCGCUUGAGCUGGAAAUAAAAGGAUGUCUGAUUCCUGCAGACCUGAUGGAGCAACCAUUCCUAGGACAACAGGCAACACCGAGAUGAUAAAGCUGUCAACAGGUGGUGAUCAUUGACAAAGCCGAAACCACCAUUACACCCGCAUUGCUUGUCUUCUCCCAGAUUGUUGACUUUCACACAUCGAACUGCGUCAUGGACAUUGUUUUUCAUCCAGGUGUCAACGGCUCUACCCCUUGGGUGGAAUUCUAUCCCUACACUCCGUCCGCCACGGCCGGAUAUGCCUUUAUGGGAUUAUUUGGAGUCGCGACGGUGGUCCACCUCGUCCUGACCUUCCCCUAUCGCGCCGCCUAUUUUAUUCCCCUCAUAUUAGGUGGUGUCUGUGAAACAUUCGGAUACUACGGUCGAGCCUGGUCCCAUCAAUCCCGAACCGACAUUCGGUCAUGGUCACUGCAGGAAAUGCUGAUUCUCUGCGCGCCCCCACUCGUCGCCGCCACCGUCUACAUGGUUCUUGGCCGGAUGAUCCGUUCUCUGCAGGCCGAGCACCAUUCCAGCAUGCGCACCAAACGCCUAACCUGGGUCUUCGUCUUGAACGACGUGCUGUGUUUCUGCACGCAGCUCGGCGGUGCCGGUGUACAAGUCACCGGCGACGCCAACAUCAUGAGUAUCGGCAAGAAGGUGGUGCUGGCCGGGUUGAUUUUCUCACUCUUCGUCUUCUGCUUCUUCAUCUGGAUUGCGGUCAAAUUCCAUCAACGGCUGGGUCGUGAACCCACGCCAUUCGUCGUUCAAAACCCCUCGCUCGCGUGGGAGCGGUAUAUGUGGGUGUUGUACGUGGCGUGUGCGGCCCUCAUGAUCCGGAACUUGGUGCGAACGAUUCAAUUUGGUUCGGCGCAGACAUCGGUGCUGAACACCAGUGAGGCCUUCAUCUAUGUAUUUGAUGCGUUUAUGAUGUUUGUGGUCUUUGCGGUGUUCAUUGUGUAUCAUCCGGGACGGCUUAUCAAGAAGGCCCGGAAGAGGGCCGACGCUGAGCAGUUUUGCGGGCCUCUUACGUCGGAAUCGGCGGUUUCUUUGGGCAGAUAUCCUUCUGCUGUUUCUCAUUGA